AUGGGCAAUGUGUGCCAGUGUUGUGGAGCACGAGAAAAGGAUCCAUCCUUGCUGCCAGACUACGCCUCGGGUGGCAACUCUCAGCAUGGCUUUGCCCUCGCUAAGAACGACCGAGUGCGCAUGGAAGAUGCUGUGUCCGUCAGCGACAAUAUUGCAGGACACGGCUGCUUCGCUGUGUUCGAUGGUCACGGAGGCGAGAAGGCCACUGUACUUGCCAAGCAGCUCCUGCCACGGCAACUGGAAAAGCAUCUCGAACAAGGGAGCAGCAGGGAGGAAGCCGCGCGUCAAGCGUUCGCAGGUAUGGACGACCUAAUGCAGAAGGAGCUGAAAGAGGAAGCUAAAGUAUUCACAGCCGGCACUUCGUCCGGAACAGUUGCCUGCAUUGCGCUCCUUCAGGCAGACGAGCUCGUCCUUUUGAACCUGGGGGACUGCAGGGCAGUGGUGUGCGAGAACGGAAAGGUUGGCACAACCACACGAGACCACCACCCCGAGAGAAAUGCCCAAGAGAAGCAGCGCUUGGAGGAGCUCGGCGUCCGCAUCGAGGGGGGCUACGUGGAUGGAAAGGUGCAAGUGUCUCGUGCCCUCGGGGACAUUGUGGACAAGACGGGACAAAAGAUCCUGGGUCUCAGCAACACGCCAGAGGUGACCAGCGAUAAGAGCCUGAACGCGUGCAUCCUGGACCACGUCUCCGCGAGCGGCCGUCUGGAAGGUCUUCCAGAAGACCUGGCAAGGCGCUAUGCUGCUUGCAUCACACUUGCCUUGGAGUACCUGCAUCAACAAAAGGUUGUGUUUCGGGACCUGAAGCCUGACAACGUGCUGGUCACCUUCCAAGACAACGUGGCGAAGCUCGCGGACUUUGGCCUUGCUCGGUCAUUGGAUCCCAGCUUUCUGGACAAAGGUGCAGACCCGGACAGCGACAACGACGAAAAGGCACCAGCGGGUUAG